AUGAUUUUAAAAAUAAUUUGGAUUUUUCUGACAAUUUUUCGAUUUUGUGCGGAUUGCGGAAAUUUAGUAGAUGUUCAACUACAGGAAUUACGAUUGGGACAGUGAGUUUUGAAAGAAAUAUGUUUUUUUUUUUGGAAAAUUUUGUAUUGUUUUGCAGAGAAAAGUUUAUGUAAACAUCUGAAAAUUUUUGAUUAAAAAAAUAUUGUAUAGUUUCACAAUUAGAGGGACGUAGAAACAUCGGAAUUUUUUGAAAACAUCUGAUUUUUAAGAAAAACUUGAUUAGAGAAAGAUCUGAUAAUUUCUGUGAAAUCUGUAACUCUUAAUCAAAUUUUGGCUCGAAAUUGUGAAUUUCGUAGUUUUGUCGCGUGGUUUUUCAACGCGAAAAAUUAAAUUUCAAAAUUUAGUUUUUUAUCACGAUGAUUUAUACUUUGAAAUUUUGUCAUAUUGAUUUUUAGAGUGAAAACUUACAUUUUUAAAGUUUGCCAUGUGAAUUUUUAGGCGAAUUUGGAAAGUUCCGCUCGAAAAGUAGUAUUUCAAAAAGUUUCCCAAACUAUGUGCCAAAACUAGUACUCAUUUCUCACUUUGAUCCCUGUUAACCCCCCUCGAUGUAUUUUUCACAAGCAACAUUUUUGGUCCCCAAAAUAUAUAAUCCUUGACCAAAUAGAAGAAGAAUAGCAAUUUGUCAUUUAUUUUAUGUUUUUUGUACCAUCCAAAUAAUUCUUGGAACACACAAAAAAGGUACAUCAAAUAAAUAAUUUAGUAACUUUUAAAGUGCCUUUUUUCCCAAAAAAAUAUUGAAAUUCAAAUAAAUUCUUUUACUCAAGAAGAAGAAACAGCGGGAGGUCAUGUGAAUUUAUGAGGUUUUUCUAUUUUCUAUACCACAGAAAUAUUAUAUAUACAACAUUUCAUAUUAUUUAUACAUCAGGGAUUUCUCGUUUGAAAAUGAAAACUUUUUUGCUUUUGGAAUAAAUUAAAAAAUCUGGGCGGCUUUUGUGAAAAGAAUUAGGAAAAUGCCCUUUUACAUCAAAGGGUUAACAAAGAGGGAUCAAGUUAUGAUUGACACCCAAAUGGUGUGAAGCAGGUGGAGAUUGGGAUUAAAAAAGGUCUUGCGUAACUUAUACAUCUUUGUUUGUGUUUAUUCAGCCACUAUGAAAUUUUUAAGCUUUUCUUGUAGAGCUUGUAUUUUUGGAAAAACAAAUUUUAGAUUUUCAUAUUUGUUCAACAUGAAAUUUUGUCCCUAAAAAGAUCAUAAAAUUUUGUAACUUUCUAUAUUUUUUCAAAAGAUGUUUACUUUUACUAUUAAUCAUUUUUUAUUAUAUGCAAAUAUGUUUGAAAGAAAAAUGGUGGAAUUUGAAAAUUCCGUAUGAAAAAAUAUACAGAGGAAUAUGCCACGUGGACAUUUGAAAAACAAAAAAAAAUAUUUAUUUAAAUUUGAAUAACGUGAAAAUUGUGUUAUUUUAGAAUUUAGCAAAAUUUCAAAUAGACGAGUUUUGGAUUAAAAAAAUCUCAAUAUUUUUUCUGGUAUUUUAUUAGGUAAGCAAACUCAUGUCAGUAGAAAAUCAGAAAACUAAAACACAAAAAAAUGCGCAUUUGAAGUUGAAACCAGUUCCAAUCAAAUUAUUAUUCAGAAAAAACGUUUGUCCGCACGAAGAGGUCGAGAUUGUCACUUUGAAGCAGCCAUGCAUACAAGCCUACACAAAAUAUGUUCGAAGUCGAAAACCUGGUUGUAAUGGGAAAUUUCAAAGUUGUGCAGUUAGGGAACCAAAGUAAGUCUCGGAUUUUGAGAAUUUUUUAUUGCAACUGUGAUUUUCAAAAACUAUUCUCGAAUUUUUUAGUUUUUGGGUAUACAAUUUUUCGAUUGAAAUCAUUUAAAAAAAUUCUGUGAUAAUUUUAAAAAAUCUUCCAGUUUAUAAAAUAAGUUAAAAUUAUAAGUAAGUCACCUUAUCUUAUCGCUAAAAUAAUUAACUCUAUUAAUUUGGCUGGUGUUUGUUUUAGAAAAUGUUUACUGGUUUUGUAAAACAAUAAUGAAACAAAUAUGAUCCAGGGACUAAAAUUUGGCCGCCAAUUUUUAUCAGAAUUUUCAAAUAUUUCCUAUCCAUCUGGACAGUUUUUCGUCGCAAGCGUGUGACAACCAAAACCAAAACCACAAAGACAAUGUCCUCGCGCAAUUACGUAAUAAUGCCUACACUUAAUUAUAGGUGUUUGAUAUAUUUUCUGGUUUAAAAGGUCACCUAGAUACAUCAGGCUAAUAGUGACACUUUUUCUGGAAGGGAAUUCGAUGGGUAGGAUAUUUUUACAGUAACCAGGAUUUUGUGUUUAGAAAGAAGUUUCAAAAAUCACACUGAACUUUUUCCAGAACCGUCUACUUUCACACGUACAAAAAAGUGAAUCGAACUCGUCGUCAAACAAAAGCCGAAUGUUGUCCAGGAUGGGUGCACAAAUCGGGAGAAGACGGGUGUCAACGAGGUAAAUUGUGACAUCUGGGUGGGAGAAAAAAAAGGAAAAGAGUAUUUGAUUAUGUUAAUUUCGGGUGCUAAGCAUCUAAUUAAUUGUCGACACAACACGACAGUUGUUUUAUUAUUAUUUGGAAUAAUUGUUUUGAAAAAAACUCUGAAUAGAAAGGGGCCUAAAAAUCACAAUUGAAAAUUAUUUUUUUUUAUGUUAACUAGGGUCUCGUAACAGAAUUUCUACAGUAUCUAUGAGAGGAGAAAACUUUGAUCUACCAGGGUUACAGUCUAAUUUAGAAAAACUAUUUUAUUCUAAUUCUAAAUGCUUGGCGCUAAAAUUUGAAACUUCCUUAUUUAUUUUGUACAUUACUAGUAUGGCAUCCAUCUUUUUCCCCGAACACGGUGAAAAAUCAAUUAUUAAAAUCCAUAAUUAACCAUUCCUUCGAACAAAAGAUUUUUUGUUGGAAAACAAAAGGUGGCUGGCAACAUAUGCCCAAUACGCAUCAAAAUUAAAGGGUGUGUAGAGAUGGGAAUGGAAGAGGGGCGUCAUUUGCAUUUUUAUGGAAAAAAUUGGGGAGAGGUGAUGAAUGAGGUGGGACAAGAUUAAUAAGGUGAGAGCAGUUGCGAAGAGAAUUUAAAACAAAUUGUUUUUGUAUGAAAUUUUUAUUGAGGAUUUUGAAAUGGGAAACAUUUUUCAGAAACAGAAUAUUUCUCAAAAUUUUCAAAACUACAAAUUGAAAAUUUUAGGAUUUCUAAACUUUGAACGUAUUUUGAAAAUUCAGAGCAUUGAACUUUUCACGAGUUUUAAUUUUUUAGCUCGGAGAACCCUAGGCCUUCCACCUCCUGUUUCUCACCCUACACCAAAAAAAUCACCCUAAAAUCAUAAAUUCUCACAAUUAUUUACAUAAGGCAAAGUAACCCAUACAUCUCCUUUCUUUCCUUUUUCUUUUUCUUCUAAUAACAUAAAUAAUAAGAAUAAUAAUCAAAUAUGGUUUUGUUGUUGUUCCGAUUCUCGCAUUACCUAAUGCGUGUUUGCUGACUUUAUUACCAGCUGGUCAAAACGGGCCGAAAUUCGAAACCCCUCAAGGGAAUUACAUGAAAAUAAUAGCAAUAAUUAUGAAAUAUGUGGAUUUCAGCAAACUGUUCUUCCGAUUUGUGCCACAAUGGUGGAACUUGUAUUCCUGGAGAGGAUGGAAUCGAACAAAUUUGUCAGUGCCCUCAAGGUUUUACUGGCGCAAAAUGUCAAUAUGAUAUCAAUGAAUGUAUGGUCGAAAAUGGGGGAUGCCAACAUGAAUGUGUAAACACAAUUGGAACAUAUUAUUGUAGAUGUUGGCCAGGUUUUGAUCUUGCCAGUGAUGGAAUCAAAUGCGAAGAUAUUGAUGAAUGCGCAACAUCAAAUGGUGGAUGUUCGGAUCGUUGUAUAAAUACAGAUGGAGGGUUUAGAUGUGAUUGCCCAUCAAAUCGAUAUUUGUUAUCUGAUAGUAGAACAUGUGGAAAGAUUACUGCUUGUAGUGAAAAUAAUGGUGGAUGUGCGCAAGAAUGUGAAGACGACAAAGAUGGAAACUUUUAUCGAUGUCGAUGUCGACUUGGUUAUAAACUUGGAGAUGAUAAAAGAACUUGUCUACCAAUUGAUCCUUGCGCGGAGAAAAAUGGAAAAUGUCAGCAUCACUGUGUGAAUAAUCAUGGAAGAGCACAAUGUCAGUGUUAUCCUGGUUUUCAUCUGAGUUAUGAUCGAGUUUCUUGUGUUGAUAUUGAUGAAUGUUCGAAAGAUAAUGGAUGCCAACAUUUUUGCGAGAAUCACAGAGGAUCGUAUCGUUGUAAAUGUCGCGAGGGAUAUCAAUUGAGUCAAGAUGGAAGAUCUUGCGAUGAAAUUCAAGCUGGUUGUCAAAUUGGAAAUGGGGGUUGUCAACACGAUUGUUAUGAUCAACCUGACGGAGGACAUAUUUGCAAAUGUCGAGAUGGUUAUAAUUUAGCAGAUGAUCAGAAAAUGUGCCAAGGUGAGCAACUUAAAUUUUUUAAUUUUGGGAAGGAUUUUAAUGGGAUUCAAGGAAUCGGCAUGGUCCGCUCAGAGUAUCUUAUUGUUCUUUCGAUUUAACAAGAAAAUAUCUUUAGAAAAUCCUAUAGAAGCAUCAAUUACAAGUGAGACAAAUUUGUGGGAAAUGUAUUCCUGCGUCUCUCCAAACUCUUCAAAAUGCCAUAGAUUGUGUAUGCAUUUGAAAACGGGAAAUGUUGAUUGUUACUGUGAUGAUGGUUUUGAACUUGUUGGACUCAACAACUGUCAGGGUAUACUGUAGUUGUGAUAUUAGAAAAUUGCACUUUGACCAGUUUAUUCACGAUAUUCUAACACAAAUCACGUAGCUGUUUUUCACUUUCAUAAUUUUAGAUUCACAUAGAAAUCACACUGCAAUUUUCAGCCAAAAACAUCAACUCCUUUUUCAGACAUCAAUGAAUGCUCUUCAAAUAAUGGAGGUUGCUCUCAAAUCUGUGUAAAUCUCGCCGGAUCUUUUGAAUGUCAAUGCAAACCUGGAUUUAUGAGAUCCUACGAUGGAAAAAGUUGUGAAGAUAACAAUGAAUGUGUGAAUAAUAAUGCAGGAUGUGCUCAAAUUUGUUCGAAUAUUGAAGGCGAUUAUCAAUGCUCAUGUGAAGCUGGAUUUCAAUUGGGUGAAGAUCGACACUCAUGUUUUGAUAUCAAUGAAUGUUUGAUGAAUAAUGGUGGAUGUUCGCAACUUUGUCGAAAUCAAAAUGGAACUCAUAUUUGUGAAUGUUUUAUGGGAUAUGAUUUGAUGGAAGAUCGCAAAACUUGUGUUUGUAAGUUUUCAUAAUUUUUCCAAAGUUUAAAAAAAAAUCUCACAUUUUUUCAGUAUCAACUGGAGAUCAUGGAAUCGGUGAGUUUACUUGCAUAAGUGUUUUUUCUUCUGACUAUCGUUUAGUUUUUGCUUUUGUACGCAUUUUUAGAGAUCGAAGUCGAACAUGAAAAUCAAUUUGAUGAUCCUGGAAUUGAUAACAUGAUAUCUGCAAUUGAAAAUUAUCCAGCUGAUCGGCCACUGGUUUUUGGAAGACGACGCAGUUUUAGAGGUUGCUUUUUUGAUUGUGUUCGCUUUAUCUAUCGAUUUUUUAGUUUUCCAUUCUCAGGCCUUUGCCUCGACAUCCAAAUUCGAUUUUUUCAGAUUGCUCAAACGGAAACUUCGGUGAAAGUUGUCAAUUAAGUUGCUCUGACUGUAAAAACGGAGGAAAAUGUUCGAUGCGUGGAGCUGGAAUUUUAGCUCACUGUGAAUGUCCCAGCGGUUAUACUGGAGAGACUUGUGAGCAAAUUUGUGAACAUGGAACUUGGGGAAAAAAUUGUGCGCAGAAAUGUGGAUGUUCGAUGUGUGAUCCGACCACUGGAUCUUGUCGAUGUGAAGAUCCAGAAAAGUGUUCGGAUGGACCUUGUCCGGAUGGUAAGAUGGAAUUUCGGUGAAAAAUAUUUUGAAAAGAAAUUUUUCAGGUUUUUACGGCUCUCAAUGCAACUUAAAAUGUCGAAUGGAAUGCUCAAGCGGAAAAUGUGAUCCAAUUUUUGGUUACUGUACUUGCGACGAAGGCAGAUACGGUCAAUAUUGCGAUAAAAAAUGUCCACAUUUCACAUUCGGUAAAAAUUGUCGAUUCCCGUGUAAAUGUUCCAGAGAAAAUUCGGAAGGUUGUGAUCCAAUAACUGGAAAAUGUUUAUGUAAAGCUGGAUAUUACGGACAUCAUUGUAAAAGAUCGUGCUCGCCGGGACUUUUCGGAGUUGGAUGUGCUCAGAAGUGCAAUUGUGAUAAUUCCAAAUCAGCAUCAGGAAAUUUGAGGUGUGAUCCAGUGACUGGAGAAUGCACCAAAAAAUGCCCGGCUGGAUAUUUCGGCGAAAUGUGUGAUAAACGUAAGUUAUUUAGCAUAACUAGAAGAAGUUGAAUCUAUUCCUCGAGAAAAAGAUAUCAACUUCAAGCACAAUUUCACUCUGAUUUCUAGCAUGUCCAUUCGGCUCGUUCGGUUACGAUUGUGAACAAAAAUGUGAUAGUUGCGGUGAAAAUAGACCGUGUCACCAUGUGACUGGAACUUGCACUUGUCUACCCGGUCUUACUGGGCCUAGUUGUGACCAAAGUUAGUUUAUGUAUUCUUGAUUUUCAGGAGCACUAUGUAUUUUAUCGGAGGGAGUUUUGGGAAAUUUCUGGGAGAGUUUGAUUAAAAAAUGUUUUUCAAAGUAAGGAACAUUUUUUUCGAUUCUCCAGCAAAUUCCGAAAACCCUUAAACCCUCUACAAUAUCCUCUAUAUCCCAUAUUCUUUAGAAUGUCCGUUAAACACUUAUGGUCCAAAUUGUAUGCAUUCCUGCUCGUGUGUAAACGGAGCAAAAUGCGAUGAAAAAGAUGGAAGUUGUCAUUGUAGUGCCGGAUUUUAUGGAGCAACUUGUAGCGAAGUUUGUCCAACUGGACGAUUUGGAAUCGAUUGUAUGCAGUUGUGUAAAUGUCAAAAUGGAGCAAUCUGUGAUCCAAAAGAUGGAAAAUGUGAAUGUUCGGCUGGUUGGAGCGGGAAGAAAUGUGAAAAAGCGUGUAGUCCAGGAACUUAUGGCAAGGAUUGUGCAAAGCAAUGUGAUUGUGCAGAUGGGGAACAUUGUGAUCCAAAUGAUGGAGAAUGUAUUUGUCCGCCUGGGAAGAAGGGACAGAAAUGUGAUAAAGGUGAGUUGAGAUUUUUUUGGGUUUCGUAAAAGUUUGUAAAUUAUCAAACCUAGAAAUUUGCGAAAAGUUUGUUCUCCCGAAAUAUUGUUUUGUACAUAAUUUGGUUUUGAUUUGUACAGAAAUUAUUUUCCUUUCAGAUUGCGAUGUUGGUUUCUUUGGUGCUGGUUGUAAAGGAAUGUGUUCGUGUCAAAACGGGGCGACUUGCGAUACUAUUAGUGGAUCUUGCACUUGUAAACCGGGGUGGCGCGGGAAGAAAUGCGAUAGGCCUUGUCCCGACGGAAGAUAUGGUGAUGGUUGUAAUGCGAUCUGUGACUGUAUGAUCUCAAGUGAGUUUCGUUAGGGAAUUUCUUCGCUCGAACAGAGUUUGUUUCCAGACGACACCACUACUUACAAUCCAUUUGUUGCUCGCUGCGAUCACGUGACUGGGGAGUGUCGUUGUCCGGCUGGAUGGACUGGACCGGAUUGCUCCACAGCUUGUCCGCCUGGAAGACACGGAGAAGGAUGUCGAUUUGCUUGUCAGUGUAUCAACAACGCUCCUUGUGACCGUGUCAGUGGUUUUUGCGACUGUCCCGAUGGUUUUAUGGGGAAAAAUUGUGAGAUGGAAUGUCCUGAAGGGUUAUGGGGAUCAAAUUGUGUGAAGCAUUGUUUAUGUAUGCACGGCGGGAAAUGCGAUCGAAUCACUGGAGAAUGUCAAUGUGUUGAUGGAUGGACAGGACCAUCUUGCGAGUUUUGUAAGUUAUAUUGGGUCAGACGGGAGUAUAAAACUAUCUACUAAUAAUGUACCCUUUUCAGUAUGCCCAUUUGGUCAGUUCGGUCAAAACUGCGCUCAAAAAUGCGAUUGCACAAACGGUGCAAGUUGCGAUCGAAAAACUGGAGAAUGUCAAUGUCUCCCCGGCUGGUCUGGAAAACGCUGCGAAAAACCGUGCCCUCACGGUAAUUUUGGCGCAAAAUGCGAAGAGGUUUGCGAUUGUGAAAAUGGAGCGGAAUGCGACCCAGUCAGCGGGCAUUGCUCAUGUCAACCAGGAUGGAGAGGAAGGAAGUGUAAUCGAGGUUUGUGUUUUGUUGUCAAGUCGAAAAUAAAUAUUUGAUAUAAAUUCUUUCAGCGUGCCUGAAGGGAUACUUUGGUCGACAUUGUUCACAAAGUUGUCGAUGUUCUAACAACAAAGCUUGCGAUCAUAUUUCUGGAAGAUGUCAAUGUCCACGUGGAUAUGCUGGACAUUCUUGCACCGAACUUUGCCCUGAAGGAACUUUUGGAGAAAAUUGUUCAAAUAAAUGUAAAUGCGGAGAGAAUUCUUUAUGUGACGCGAUAACUGGAAAAUGUUUCUGUAAGCCUGGACAUACUGGACCGGAUUGUAAGAAUGGUAAGCUAGAAAACCCAAAUUAAUUAUUCAAAAUUGAAAAUAUUGUAGGAUGUAUACAAGGAAGAUUUGGAUCAGAUUGCUCUGAACAAUGCGCUUGUGAAAAUGGAGGGCUUUGCGAUGCCACAUCUGGUUCUUGCGUUUGCCCACCAGGUUAUAUUGGAACGAAAUGUGAAGUCAGGUGUCCGGCAAAUCGCUUUGGUCCAACUUGCGAGAAAAUUUGUAAUUGUGAAAAUGGUGGAACUUGCGAUCGACUCAGCGGUCAAUGCAGAUGUCCUCCGGGUUUUACUGGAAUCUCAUGUGAUCAGGUUUGCCCAGAGGGAAGAUAUGGAGCGGGAUGCAAAGAAAAAUGCCGAUGCUCAAAUGGUCACUGUAAUCCACAAAACGGUGAAUGCAAAUGUAAUUUGGGUUAUACUGGAAUACACUGUGAACAGCCGUGUGCAGCUGGGAAAUAUGGAUUAAAUUGCACUCUGGAUUGUGAAUGUCAUGGACAAGCUCGAUGUGAUCCAGUUCAGGGAUGCUGUGAUUGCCCGGCUGGUCGAUAUGGCUCGCGAUGUCAAUUCACUUGUCCGAUUGGAUUCUUCGGAUGGUAUUGUUCACAAUCUUGUAACUGUCAGAACGGAGCUCAAUGCGAUGGUGCAGAUGGAAGAUGUUUAUGCCCACCUGGAUAUGAGGGAGAUAAAUGUGAAGUUCGAUGUGCAAGCGGAACUUUUGGCCCGGCUUGCGGACAGAAAUGCGAUUGUGGCGAUUUUAAAUGUGAUGCCAUUGAUGGAAAUUGUAUUUGUCCAAUUGGCAAACAUGGCCCGAAAUGUGAAAAAGAUUGUAAUGUUGGGAGAUACGGUGAAUCGUGUCAGCAAAAAUGUCAAUGUUUCAAUGGAGCGACUUGCGAUCCAAAAACGUUAGUUUACUUCACAAAAUAUUGAUCUAAUCUCAUGAAUUAUGAUUUUCAGAGGCCGUUGCACUUGCUCACCUGGUUGGCUUGGACCAACGUGUCAAAUUGAAAUGGCUGAUCCGAAUCAAAUUGCAAAUCGAGGAGAUCUACCGGAUGAUUGGGAAUGGCGAGCGAAAAAAAGAAAAUGA